AUGGCAUUCUCUAUCCAAUUCAUCUCUAUGCUGAUGUGUUUGAUGAGUUUCCAAAACACGGUCAACGCGCAUCCGUACGGCAAUCCAGCCAACCGUCCACGGUCCUCCAACAUGACACCAGCUCCACACGGCUUGUCUUUGGCCCGGAGUGCCGCUAAACUCUCCCCAUCUUGCCAACUCGCUGCUUCUGGCUUGUUGGACGGCGAGUUCGGAACUUGCGCUGAUAUUCUCGGACUGGUCUCGAUCUUUCAAGCCAACGAAUCCCUUGUCUCACCCAUCAACACUUGGGUCUCGGGAGCUUGCUCUUCACAGCCGUGUUCUCAGCAGGGUUUGGCUAAAGCUAGUCAGAUGAUCAAGACUGGUUGUGCAAGCGACCUGCAAGAAGGGUCAAUUGCGGCAGUGACUAUGUAUAGUAUUCUGACACAUUACGAUGUCACCAGGGAUAUGUUUUGCACUCAAUACAAAGAAAACUCCACCUACUGUCUCCCUUCGGUCUUGGGUGAUGUUGAAUCUCAAAGCGGCCAAAAGAUCACACUGGGAGAAGUAGUUUCCUUGAUCUCCGGAAAACUUACUAAGGCGGACCUAGCGUUCAUGUCUGUUCCAAAGGAAACCUAUUGCACCCCAUGUGGACAUGCGAUCGUCACCAAAUCGGCAACAAUGAUUGACGCGAUUCGGAAGGACCCAGUUGGAAUCACUUUCAAUUAUGACUCCUCUUCUACGGUUCAUCAGAUCAGCGAGAUUUGUGGGGCUGCCUUCGAGGAUCAACAGAUCCCCGACUCCGUCCAAAUCGCUCCUCCUCCUCCUAAAGCUGAAAACCCCAAUGAAAAGAAAAUGGCUUAA